CCCCUUAUUCAUCUGUGUAGGAGUUUAGGCUUCAAUUUUCUGCCCCAGCUAGGACGCAACUGGAGAAUGAUCUGACCUGACUGAGAGACCCUGGCUAAUACUUUCUAAUAAUUCAUUCAGGAAAGAUGGAGAGCUGUCACUGUUUCUUGCUGCUUUGCUCACUGGUCUUUGCGCUGUCUUUUGCAGAGGAGGCAAUGUUUGAGAAUGAGAUCGACCUUACAGAGUUUAUUAGAAGGAUUUCUUCCUCUGGACUACUGGUCAGGGAUCAGCCUCUGGCUAUCAACAGAGACCUUCGCUUUGAAACAAACUCACUGGAGGAGCUUGGAGAUCCAGAGGAUUCCAUUCCCAUCUGGACUGAUGAGGAACCAGUCAUCCAGAAUACACUCAACACCGGGACGACCAUCCCUGAUAUUCCUGACUAUGGCCCCAUAGUGUUGACCAACAAUGGGUUGAUCAAGGGACUCACAGUGGAAAAGUCCCACAUAUUUUAUGGGAUCCCGUACGCGGACCCACCUGUGGCCACGCACCGCUGGAAGCCCCCCCAGACCGGUCACCCCGUGGCCGGGGGUCCACGAUGCCACGUACCCAAGGAACGCGUGUAUGCAAGGCUGCAGUGGCCCCAUAUCUGACAAGUGCCCUCAGAAGGUGAGUGAGAACUGCCUCUACCUCAACAUAUUUGUACCUCUGGAUGUGAACUUCAGUUCCCCUUUACUGACAACCCUGCCAGUGAUGGUGUGGAUCCACGGGGGAGAUUUCAUUGCUGGCUCAGCCUCCAAGCCCCUGUACGAUGGGAGGUUCAUCAGUAACUUCACUCACACUGUGGUGGUGAGCAUGGCGUAUCGGCUAGGGGCGUUUGGUUUCCUCGUCUCGGGAAAAGACCCCAAAACCUCAGCAACUGGGAAUUAUGGGAUCCUGGAUCAGCAGGUUGCUCUUCUCUGGGUUCAACAAAACAUUGCUCUGUUCGGAGGCGACCCCAGCAAGGUGACCAUAUUUGGGGAGAGUGCAGGAGCCCAGUCAGUGAGCCUCCAUCUGAUGGUCCAGAGCAGUAAGCCCCUGUUCAAACAGGCUGUGUUCCAGAGCCUACCCUUCUCCAUCCCUCUCAAGACCAGACAUGAUGCCCUGAAGCUGGGGAGGGACUUUGCCAGACAGGCCAACUGCUCUGUGAGUGACCUCGUGUGCCUGCUGUCCCUCAGUCCUCAGGCUGUCCUCGCUGCCGAGAUGAAGUCAAGUUCCAAAGUGGUGAAUCCCUUCAGGUUCCUGGAGAUCUUUGAGAUCUGGGGGCCCUAUGUGGAUGGAGAGCUGAUCAAGGAGCAGGCUGUGACUGCCUUCCAGAAGGGCCACUGGCAGAAGGAGAAACCAGUCCUCCUUGGGACCACUUCAGAGGAGGGGGUGAUAUUUGUGUACGGGGUCUUCACCAAGCCUGUGUCUGCGGUGGAGUGCACCGUCUACACCGCGGCCAUCUUCAAACAGCACGCCCUCAGGAUCCUACACAAGUACCUGCCCCUGUACAAGGACAUUGACCGACGGGACAUGCUGGCUCAGAUUGUGACAGACUACGUCUUCCUUUGCCCCUCCCGCAAGACAGCCCGGGCAGGCACCAAAGUGGGCAGCGCCGUGUGGAUGUACGUCUUCGACCAUGUGAUAUCGGACCACAGUGUGUGGUCCGGUCUGUCCUUCUGCUACGAGCACGUGUGUCACGGUGCUGAGCUGCCCUUCCUCUUCAACACUGCCUCCAUGGCUAACUUCACGCUGGCCCCACCCGAGAGGCUGCUGUCCAAUCGGAUGUUGUGUUACUGGGGGACAUUCGCCCACACCGGGGACCCGGCCUCACGGAUGCAACAGAGCGGCUUCUGUAGACAGCAGCGCCUGCCGGCCUGGCCCCGCUACUCUGACACCAGCUCUUGGUUGGUCAUGAACUUCACUGUCCGCUCCCAUGCCCAGGUGGGCACCAGGGACCAUAUCUGUGACUUCUGGGACAAGCUGGGCAUCUAUUAGGACAUAGGGGUGGGCAUGGGGCGGGCAAUGGUGUUGUUAUUGGUUAUGUAUGUAUACAUAGAGUGUUAUGUCACAUUUGGCAAUUCACCCUACAGUCGGAAUGGUUGUCACCCUGUACACAUUAGAGAUGAUUUGUGAAGCACUUCUGUAGGAGGAGGGGCGACGAGGGGAGGG